CGCUGUAGACUCGGCGGACCAGGCCUCGCCGCGACCCCCGCGGUCCUGCGUCCGACCCGCUCGCGGCGUCCGGGGCAGCCAUGGCCGCCGCUGUCCUGCUGCGCUGCCUGUCCCGAGUGAAACCCACGCCGCGCUGUGCGCUGUCAUGGGCCCCGCGCCGUGGGCACCGGCUCUCGCCGGCGGAUGACGAGUUGUAUCAGCGGACGCGCAUCUCGCUGCUGCAGCGCGAGUCCCCGCACGUCAUGUACAUCGACAGCUACAGCAGCCGCGGCUUCACGGUCAACGGCAACCGCGUGCUCGGACCGUGCGCGCUGCUCCCGCACUCGGUGGUGCAGUGGAACGUAGGAUCCCACCAGGACAUCACUGAAGAGAGCUUCUCCCUCUUCUGGAUGCUGGAGCCUCGGAUAGAGAUUGUGGUGGUGGGGACCGGAAACCGGACCGAGCGGCUGCAGCCCGAGGUACUGCGAGCCAUGAGGCGGCGGGGCAUCGCCGUGGAGGUGCAGGACACGCCCAAUGCCUGCGCUACCUUCAACUUCCUGUGUCACGAAGGCCGGGUGACGGGAGCUGCUCUCAUCCCCCCGCCUGGAGAGACUUCUGUGCUAUCUCUGGGCCAAGCUGCAGAGUGAUCCGCCAGGAACCGAAGCACCUCCCUCCCCGAGGGCCCUGGCUCUUCAGAGGGCACCGGUCCGCCCCCUUCGGCACUAAAGCCCUUGAUUUGCUUGCUA